GAAAACCUAACAAUAAACCGCACUGGGGCUCGUUGCUACAUAGAUCCGAAUCCGGACCUAAUCCCUUAACCGAACUGGGGAAAGCCUUUAGCUCUUCUGGUUUUACUUUGACUUUCUCUCCGGUAACCCAUACGUCAGAGUUAACAACGAAGGCUAAAAACGAACUGGCUUCGCUUCCCCCGGGUCCGCUGUCUCCUCUCCCGUUUUCCUUUCUAUGCUGUGGAAGUGUAAGAUGGAUCAACAAAUAGCAGUUUCUUAUAAAGCCAGGGAAUAUGGUGCAACUACUGAAAGCAAGACACCAUCAGUUCUUGGAGUUACUAAAAGCAUUACAAUGCAGGAGGAGAGUGGCCCCCCCAGUAGUGAAGCUUCUAAGAUUUGUGGUUCUAAAAGAACCAUUCCGGAUCGUCCUGUAAGCAGCAGUAAUUCUGGAAACAGGCAUCUGGUGUAUGUCCGAAGAAGACCUGAAAUGCAGAUGAAGGAAUCUAGUGUUGGUGUACCAGAAACUAUAGAAAUCCCAAAGCCUUCAGUUGUUUCUUCUUCUUCUUCUUCUGAGAAGUGCAAUACUUUUUCAUCUAAUUUUGGUAAUGCACAUUCGUUGGAUACUACUAAGAGAGCGAAACUUAAACAGUGGGAAGAGCGGUGUUGCCAGUUGCAGAAUGUCUUAAAUAGUUUGGAUCAAUCAAAGCAAGAGGAUUACAUCCAGAUGCUUAGAUCUCUAUCUUCAGUUGAGCUCAGUAAACAUGCUGUGGAACUGGAAAAGAGGUCAAUACAGCUUGCAUUUGAGGAAGGUAAUCCAAACACUUAUGUUUGCUUUUUAUCACGUCCCUAUUUUUUCCUGUUAUUUCUACUUAGAUCCUUACCCGACCCCAAAAUCUUUUGGGAAUAAGGCUUGGAUGUUGAUGUAUUCCCACUUAGAUCCCUAGUGAAAAAAGUUAAAACCACAUUUAAAUCGGAGAAUUUUAUCUGUGAAUUUUCACUACUCACUUCAAAAGGAUAGGCAACUGAUACGAGACUCAAUACACCACCCCAGAGGGCCACUAAUCUUAAGUUAGCCCAAACAGGUGUGGGGUGGGUGUCUCACAUACCACCAUCAGACCAUAGCCCGAUACCAUGUUAUCUAACUCACUUAAAAAAGGAAUCUUAGCAGGAAGGAUCUCUCUCUCUCUCUCUCUCUCUCUCUCUCUCUCUCUCUCUCUCUCUCUCUCUCUCUCUCUCUCUCUCUCUCUCUCUCUCUCUCUCUCUCUCUCUCUCUCUCUCUCACACACACACACACACACACACACACACACACACUAGACUCAAACCCGACUACAGAUGUGGGAUAAUCAAUAGUCGAUAACCGCUCUAAUAAGAAGUGAAUGUAAGGAUGUGAUUAAGUGAGUGUAUUUGUUUUUCCCAGUAAAAUCCGUAAUGUGCUAUAAGUUGUGAUUAAGGAGACAAAUUAUGAUAUGUAUUAGUAAUUAUUGGUAUUAAAUUGAGUUCUGUUGCUCAACCUGGGUCAGGAAAAGAGAUGCGAUGGGUCAAAGUGUUGGAUGUCAUGGGGAAAGAUUGGAAAUCCAGUGCUUGUUAAAUACUUCACCGAUAAAAGACUGAACGAGAAAGUUGUAGUAAAUAUCCAACUGUAUUGAUGAUUUAGUUUUUUAAAGCCAAAGGUUGUGUGCAUAGGGCAAGUCUGGUUUUAACGUCAAACAGUCAAAGUAAAUAAUGUUUGUGUUAUAAGUUUUUUAUUAUCUGACUGCCAGGCUGAUCUGUAGCAUUUAACACACACUUGCUUAAUAUAAAUAUACACGACGGAGUAAUUUUUGUUUCAUUUUGUAAUCUGAUGGACUAAUGUUUAUAUUCUUUUGUAGCAUGUACAAUAAUAGUUGAAUCUGUAACAUUGCUACUUCUACAGUUAUUCUGAGUUGAAUAAUAGUGUGAGAGAUCAAACC